UGUCCAUUUCGCAUCAGUGAAGAAUACUCAUAUGCUUGAGGGACCUUUUUCUUUCUUUGUAUACAUUCGCGUUCCUGCCAGCGUCGUUGAACAUCGCAUCCCACCCUGCCUGCUGCUUAAGCCUACCCUCUCCAUUAUUGUAGCCACUAUGAACGCCUUCAGCCCCCAAAUCACCAACUUGGUGAUCAUCCUCGGGAUGAUGCAAGUCUCUAAAAGAGUCCCCUUCGACGACCCCCAAGUUCUGCUGGGAGUGCGCAUUCUCUACGUCGCUUCGAACCUGAUCAUCUUUGGUCUUUACUAUUAUAUUAGCCUGAAGAUCAAAGCUAAGAGAGAUUUGACAACCCUCAAGUACGUGGAGCCUGCGCCCAUGGGCUCGGGUGAAGAACCGAAACUUGUCACCACGACCAUUCAAGAGUACGACCAGGGCCAGGUGUCUGCCGCCUACAAGGGUCAGUUGAUGGGAGUCGCCAUGAUGGCGUUCAUGCACAUCUACCUCAAGUACACGAAUCCUCUGCUUAUCCAGUCCAUCAUCCCCGUCAAAAGUGCUUUUGAGAGCAACUUGUUCAAGGUCUACAUUCUUGGUAAACCGGCCGUUGGUGAGCUCAAACGACCAUGGAAAGCUUCGGGUGGCAUGAUGGGCAUGGGCCAGGGCGAGACGAAGACCGACAAAGCUAGCAUCGAGGCUGCUGAACGAUCUGGACGAGGCGGAGCCAAGGAAGAAUAAACGCGGGCAAGCUGCAGAUAUUGAAAAACGUGUGCACCAGGUGACCAGCGAUAGACCGAUCUUGACCCUAGACGUUGCAUCAAAAGUGUAUUCUAUAGCCUACCUUAAGUGAUUAUCUGGGAUUAAAAAUGUAUGCGCG